AUGGUUGAGAUACCUCGACUUGCUAUUGCAGCACUGGCUGUCCAGUGCCUAGCCCAUUGCGUGACAGGCCAAGUUCUGCACCACCAGAAACCGACUUCCGGGGAACAGACCUUCCGGGAGACGUCCAUCUUCCGCCCGCCACCCAACGUGCUCGGGUUGGAUCUUCAGCCGGAACCCGAGUUCCAGCUUUACGACAACUUCGGCAAGUCUGCGCCCAUGCCUGGCAUAGCAACGUUUGCCCAUUUGAACUGGACCAACUGUUUCACCGCCGAAAGCGAUGGCGUGUUCGACGUCGGGAUCGUGGGCAUGCCGUUCGAUCUGGGCGUCAGCUACCGGCCUGGCCAGCGGUUCGGCCCGGCCGCCGCGAGAACCGUUUCGCAGCGCAUGGGACCCUCCAUCUCAUACAGUACAUCAGGGGGAGCUAAGACCGGCACGACACACAGCAUGGCCCAUGAUAUGUUGAACCCCUUUCGGAGUUGGGCUACCGUGGUUGACUGUGGCGACAUUGCCAAUUCUUUGUUUGACAAGUUCGAAGCGGUCCAAGAGCUGGGCCAGGGUCUCGGCAGAAUGGCAUCCAGGGUCCCCAAGACCACGGAAAAGGGCGACAACGUGCGCCUCAUCACUAUCGGCGGCGAUCACACCAUUACCCUCCCGUCUCUCAGAGCGCUCCAUUCCGUGUGGGGAGAGGUGGCGGUCAUCCAUUUUGAUGCCCACCUCGACACAUGGAACCCGCGACAGUGGGGAGGUGGUGUGAACAAGUACGACAAGAUCACACACGGGACGCUGUUGCACUUCGCCCACGAGGAGGGCUUAUUGAAGAACGACAGCAGCAUCCACGUCGGUGUUCGUGCUCUGCUUUUCGAUGAAACCGAAGACCUCCGUCAUGACGCCGAGUGCGGGUUCCAAACCGUCAUGGCGGCUGACAUGGACUCCGUCGGGGUUGCAGCCAUUGUCGAGCGCAUCGUGAAUAGAGUCGGCGAUAACCCUGCAUAUGUGACGAUCGAUAUCGAUGUACUCGACGCCGCUUUUGCCCCUGCGACAGGGUGUACUGAAAUUGGAGGAUGGACCACACGAGAGCUGGCGGCCGUCCUUAGAGGUCUCAGUGCCGCGGGGGUCCGUAUCAUCGGCGCAGAUAUAGCAGAGCUGUCACCCGUCUACGAUAACGUUGCGCAGACGACGGCCACUGCGGUGGCGCAACUUGUCUUCGAGAUUUUGGUGUGGAUGGUGCGGGUCCCGGUGAAGAAAGAGUCAACAUGGACAAAUCUCGAACUUUGA